AUGAGCGCGGUGUCGAUCCAGGACCUGGAGGCCGGGAACCUGGACAUCGACGGGGUGCUUGCGCAGAUCGAGUUCCUGCACGGGAAGAUGGAGCGGAUCCGGUACGACAUGCACAUGUUCAUCAACGCGAUGGGAUCGAUAGAGGAGACGUCGGUGCCGCAGGAGGUGUACCGGGAGAUGUCGACGCGGAUCGUGGCGCUGAAGACGGAGUUUGCGGCGUUCUUCAACGCGUACAAGUGCGUGCUCCCGGUGAUCCGCUACUUCAAGAUCAAGCAGGGCAUGAGUCCGGACGACUCGAUCAAGCUCGUCCCGCACCGGGUGCAGGUCGACAUGAAGAUGCUCAACGAGCUGCGGCUGCCGGUGAACGACGCCAGCGCCGUGUCCGCCGUGGGCGACCUCGCGGUGUCGGCGGCAACGACGCCCGUGACAGGCUCGGCCGCCGCCCCCGUGUCGGGCUCCUCUGCGACAAACACGCCGUCGGGCAAGCGCCCGGCCGCCAAGCCGUCCAAGCGCAAGUACGUGAAGAAGGCCGUAUAG